UCAAAAGUUGCAGUAAAGUAGUUAUAAAACGAGUUCCAAAUUCGUUCAUCAUACAGUUUAAUAGUAGAAAUGGAUGAUAUCAAUGGAGAUGUGAUCCAAUGGAAAAAGCUUUGGCAAUUUGUUUCAGGAAUACACUACGGUACACCCAAUGCGGAUGUUAAAGAAAAGUUACUGCAAGUUUCGAAAGAGCUGGUGGAUGGUUUACUUCAGUAUAAAAAGCCCAGUAAGGAGUCGGAAGAUAAGUUACAGAAAAUUAUUAAAGACCGAAAUCAGUUGAAGCUUCAACCGUUUGCGAAUAAGUUGCACCAAUAUUUGGACAUUGACGCCAUCCAGUCAUGGCAGAUAUUGUGUUUCUAUUUAGUAAACGAGUACCGCGGUGCUGCCACAGCGUUGGCCGAGUACAUUUCCGCGGAAACCUCGAUGGUAAAGCUACUCCACGACAUCUGGACGUAUCAUACGAUCGAGCGUAUGGCGUUGCUCAAAGUGGUGAAAAAUCUGCUGGAGUAUUUCCACUCCGGAAGCCACCCAUACUCUAAGGAAUAUCGUGAGGUGGUGGAAAAGAUUGGCCUGCCAGCGCUGCGGAAGUCAUAUCUUGCGCAACUGAAGUACCUAAUUGUUGAUUCAGUGAACGCCCAGAAAACGUCACCGAAUGAUAUUAUGCACCACCAAUCGAAGGUGGUGUGUGCGGAACGACGGCUGCGGGAGACAAACGAAGUAUUGCACAUUCUUCUACUCAUCGUGCACUACAGCGGCAUCAGUCCGGAGGAGUUGGAUCAAUUGUUCAAGCUCUUCCGAGAGCACUCAUUUGGCAAGCAGCAGGACCACCUGGACCCUGGGUCGGAAAUUCACCUAGAGCUGGUCAAACGGAUUACGUACAAUGAGCUAGCGCUUGUCUUUCGAACGCUCGAUCUUUCCGAUAAAUUCGACGACGCUGAAUGGAUCGAGAAAGUCGUGGCCGCGCUCGAUGCACCAAUCGUGUCAUUGCAUCAGUUCGUCGAGCAUGGACCCCUGUUGCUCGUGUGGAUGUUGUUCAACUUUCGUCUUCAGCAUACCGUGGAGGAUGAAGACGCCACGAGGCGUUACCAGCAGCUGGGCUCUCGUGCGGUUAAACUGGGUGUAUUUGAGUACAUGCAUGCGAUCGUCUCGCAUCCGAUGUUCAAGGAUCAAAGUUUGCUAUCGAGGAUUGUUCGGAAAUCUGUCUUCAAUCAUCUCGGUUUUCUGUGCCAACUAUUCGACGCGGACGAAUCGAUUGCGCAUCAUAGUAAAAUAUACGAUCUGCUUGCGGAACUCCUAACCUCACCAACGAUAGCGACGGAGUUUUGCAAGACAGAAGAUCAUCCCAUAAGAGCACUGUUCAAUAUCAGCUUGGAACAAUUUCCGGUAGAGUUUAUGCCCCUCUCGAAGGUUUCGUACGCGCUGGCCACGGCUGGUUCCACACAAAACGCCUACAUCCAGGGGUUGCUGGAAAAUCUACCCGUGUACACCGAGCUCUACAGCGGUGCCGAUCGAUACGAGGUGCGCAAGGCUUCCAGCACGAACGACGAUGAGUUUGUCCUGUGCAGGGAGUACACACCAUCACGAAAGAUCAAUUUCAGCAUUCCCCGUGGGACGAAGUUGAUCGUGCGUGACGUACACGGGCAGAAAACGUACAUUCAUUUCCGCACGCGGUACAAUUACUUCAACGCCUUGCAUCAUGAAAUCAACGAACUACUGCAGGAUGCGGCAGACAUGAGCACGCUUAACUCCGAUCGCGUGCAGCGAAUUGCCACCGGGCUGAAGUAUCUGGCGGUGGCCGUUAAACGGAUCCAGCAACCGCAUGACAUCUCCUCCGAAAUGGUCCACCCGACGGAGAUGGUGUUCGACGUGCUGCUGAAGUUUAAAUCCAUCCCCAAUCCACCGCUCGAUUUGCUGGUGCAGUGCUUGAAUGUUUGCGCUGCCCUUGUGCCACUGUUCGAGCAGGAAAUCUACACACGCAUCAUCAACCUGAACAUACUUCCGUCGGUGAACAACGCCAACCUUAGCUAUCAGGAUUACGCGAACGGAGUAGGCUACGAUUCGAGCCUCAUCGGAUACUACCUGAUGAAUGUGGAGAGAAACGCCGGCCGCUAUCCGAUACUGCUGGCGUACUUUAACUUCCUCCGCACGUACACCAAGCUGGGACGGGACAAUGUGUUCGGCGUUGAGCUACCGGGUGCCAUAUUUCUCCUGCGCGAAGUGCUACCACACGCGAACAACUGGCGGUACGAAACCGGCUCCGACCGGUACCGGGUGAUGGUGUUCGUGGUGCAGUACAUCUACGACAUCCUGCAGCUGAGCGAGGACAAGCUGCGGGGCGAUUUCGCACGGCGCGUUUUGCGCGAUGUGUGCAUUUACAGCCUGCUGAAUCGGGACAAUGGGAUGGUGCUGCUGAAAAUCGUCGGCCUCGGCAAUGGGUACCUGCAGGCGGUGAUGGAACGCGAGCCGAACUGGAUGCUGGUCCCGGAGCAGCAGCUCAACCUGAUGAUUCAGUACUCGAUGACGAUCUUGAUGCAAAUUUUAAAGCUGAAAAAGCACAUCCACGAGUACGACCUUUCACCGCUGGAGUCUGCGAUCUACACACAGCCGAAGCAGCGCGACACGCUGCGCAUCAUUCCCAUGGUAACGGGGUACAUGAGCAACAUCUUCAAUCCACGGCUGCCCAUUCUUUCCUGUCGCCUGCUUCGACGGUUCGCCAUCGAGUUUCGUAUGUCGCUGCUGGCUUGCCUCGAUAUGGAACCGGACCAGAUCCGGCACACAUUCCUCGAGCGGCUGCACGACGCGAUCGAAAGCGACGAUCUGAAGCUGGCCGUGCUGGAGUUUGUCGAAGCGUGCGUCCACAAGCAGCCGGGACUGACGGAGGCGUUCUUCAAGGUGAACUACGGUAAGCGUGACCGACGGUUACUGCUCGGCGGAGGUUGUAAGGAUGCCAUGACGGGCGUAGGAAAAGGCCGGCCGAAAACGAUGAUGAACGCCGGUGUGCCGACGUACAUGGAGGAGUUCCUGGAGGCGAUUUCGGCCGAUCCGAGCAAACUCGCCAGUCCGCUGUUGUCGCGCAUCAUGUCCUUGUUUCAUGCGCUGUGGAAAAACAACAUGCAGGCGCUGGUAAGUGGGCUGCUGCAAAAACCAAGCUUCUGGCCCUCACUCUGCAAUCCACUGUUCAGUGAGCAGAUCGCGACCAACGUGCGCUCGUACAGUCAGCUCUUCAAUAUACUCGGAAUCGAGUUGUUCCGCGUCAGUCCGGCAGCUGGUGGUUCCAGGAUGGAUCCGGAGUUGGUGAAGGUGUUCGAGCGGUUUACCCAAACGCAGAGCGUAUUCUCGCGGUGGGUCGAUACGGUGCUGGAUUUACCGAACGAAACAACGCUCGCAGCGAAUUUGAGUGAGCAAAGCGAUGGACACGAAGCGAGCCUAACGACAUCUGCAAGUUCCACCUCGUGGUGCGACGACUACGAGCAAACACCUGACUGGCUUGGGCGGCUGCAAUCGUUCAAGGAUCUCAUGGUGCUGAUCUUGCGCAAGAAGGAACCAACCAUUGCCAUUCACGAGCGCUGUAAAGUGUACCUCGCAGAGCGGCUGCUUGUGGUACUGGUGGACCGUAUCAAGCAGAUACAGGACCUGCGCCCACUGAUCGUACUGUCCGAGCUGUACUUGAUCGUGCUGUCGGACUUUGACCACAAGUUCACCGACGACACGACCAAGGACGACCGGAUGCUAGGGCAAACGGAUACGCUGCUAAGUCUGCUAGCUGUGUCGUACGCGGACAUUCACCAGCGUGCCCGGGAAGCACUGCUGGCAACCGCAAUCAAGAUCAUAGAGCUGCAGUCCGAUCGGCUGCAGCAAAAUGGACCAAUCGCGGCCGAAUUCACCCGUUCCGCGGUCACAAUCGCCGGCGAGGAGAUAUACACCCUCGAAAUGGCUCUCCAAGCGAAUGGUCUGAAGGCGAAAAAGCCCAGUGAUGCGAGCGGCGAAAGGCAGUACAAUUCCUUGCUGCUCGCGAUCAAUUUGCUGAAGCAGCUCAUCAUUAGCCUAGAUCAUCCGGACGUGGACAGACCGCAGUCGAUCAGUUCCCGCGGGUGGGUGGGUUGGUUGGUGAGAGGGAAACUGUUCCAGCGGCUGCUAAGCAUCACCGGUACGGUGCUACCCGAGUACGAUCGACGGAAGCUUGCCAUGGAGCUGCUGAACCUGUUGAACCUCCUGGCGGAGAGCGGGUGCUCGGAAGAGUUGCUCUUCAGCGACGUUGGGGACUAUCUUUGGCUCAAAUUGUUGCCGCCCAAGGAGCUCCUACAGCGUCCCUUCGUUAGCGCCAAUGAAACUCACCAACAGUGGCAAACGCAGGAUUGGUGGCCAAUCUACUCCAAGGGAAUUGAACUGGUACGUUUGCUGCUGGCCAAGCAUGGUUACCGGUUUCUGCGGGAUGCGAUAUUCUUCGUCGGCAUUCACGAGGAGUACCUCAUGGACUCGCUGAUGCUUGCCAAACAAUCGCUCGAACCGAACGCGGUCGUUCUAAUACGCGAAACACUGACACUGCUCUGCACGAUGAUGCAGUACGAUAAAGAAUGGCGCCUCGAGCACUCCCAGAGUAUGCUGAAUCUGAUGCGUUGCACACAGAUAUUGCUCGACCAUACCAUAUCCUUGCUGUACCGGCCGAAAAUAUUGAAACGGCUGACGACGGGUGCGGCCGACAAUAGCAGCUUCAUCCUACCCGAGCUGGACAUGGACCCGAUGCUCGACACCUCGGACGAGCUGGUGGGUGCGAUGAACAAUCUAAUCGAGAUCGUGACACUGUGCACCAGGUGUUUGUUGCUCUACAGCCCGCCCCUGCUUACGCUCCUGUGUAGUGUGGAUUUCAUUCCGAGCCAGUGGACACCCUUGAUCGAGAUACAGUUCGGUGCGCCAAAGAUCAGUACCGACAACUACUCGCAGCUUAGUUUCGGUUCGUUGCUGCAGGCCGUUGGCAUCUUUACAAAAGUGUUGAACUUGCAACAUUAUGUGUUCACGGAAACCCCGUUGAAUGAACUUCCGACCAACGAGAAUGCCCCCGAUGAACAGGAUGUAAUGGACGGUAGCAUUGUGAGGUCCUCCUCGAGAGCGGGCCGGGUGGCACUGGGUGACACGCUGUCCCCUUCGUCACCCGUGGCAUCUCGGGGUAAGCGAACGCAGUUUGCAAAAACCCUCUCGAUGACGAGUGUCUCCAGCUACACCUCCACCAAUGCCAUCACGCUGUCCAACGAGCUGCUGUCCCAUAUGGACUCGAAGCUGUGCAUUGGCGGACUGGAGGUCGUCCUAACACUUCUCGCAUCGCAAAGCUUACUCGCGCUCAAGGACGCCAAUCUGUCCCAGCGGGAGAAGCAGCUGAUCAAGCGGGAACUUAGCACGGAACUGCUGAUAUUUCACGACUUCGUGAAGAAACGCAUCCUAAAGGACGCGAAGAGCAUUCUAGCGCGCAAAAAACACGGUGCCGUACCGAUCUACAACGAUACCGACUAUGCGAACGACGCGAUGGACACCGCUCCCAGCUACUCCGGUGCGAAAGAAGGCCAACAGCCAGGAAGAAAGCUAUCGUCCACUAGCAAAAACUCGAUGCGCAUAAACGUGGUCCGAAAGAUGCACUUGCAGCAUCGACAGCAUCAAACAACCGCGGAACAGCCUUCCCCGAGUGGCACCAGGGGCAGUCCUUCCACGCCGAUGCUACGAGGAAUCCUGAAACCGUCACCUUCGGCUUCGGCUAAACGGGUCAUGUUCGACGACCAGGCGAUGGAUGACGAUGCGAAAAGUAUGGCCUUCCUAGAGCCGGAAGACGAACCGAUAUUCUUAGAGCCGGAAGAACCACGCUACACCGGGUUAUCGUACGUACAACUGGUGGAGGAAGAUUAUCUGCACCUGCUGUCCAACGUGUUGCUCAUUAUCGGUCAAAGUGACAAUUAGCGGGAAGGAGCUACGAAUGGUCCCAUUGCUUGUAACCUAUCCGUUCAGUGUUCACCCGUGAGCCGCCCCCCGCCUUCCGUUAGGUGAGUCUGAAGGUAAAGUAAGGCUUACGAAUAAACUGUUUCUUAACAUAUACUUGUACUUAAACUUGUA